UCGCAAUUGUCGAUAGCUCGAUCUCCAUGCUAACAGCAAUAUGUCCCAAAUGGCUUAGGAACACAGGGAACACGGAGCACAGGGAUCUCUGGGCAACUGAGGAUAUUCUGAGGAUAAGACAGGAAGGCCUCUCCCAAGCUUGAAGACAAGCGGGAAAAUAGCGGUCGGCAGCAGAAUGGGGGUCGCGAAUCAAACCUGCGAGAGCUCCAAGCAGUUGUCGGACCGCUUCUACGUGACAGCCUUCAGCAUAAUCUUCUUGUUCGGGUUGCUGUUCAACAGCCUGGCCCUGGUCUUCUUCUUCCGCUUCACCAAGAUCCGCUCACAGACCACGGUCUACAUGAAGAACCUGGCCUGCACCGACCUGCUGUUGGUGGGCUCUCUGCCGGUGCGGAUCCUGUUCUAUGUCAGCCGCCGGCAGUUCCCAUGGCGGCUGUGCGAGCUCACGGGCCUCGUCUUCCUGGUGAACAUGUACGGCAGCAUCUUCUUCCUCACGUGCAUCAGCCUGGACCGCUGCGUCGCCAUCUGCUUCCCGAUGAAGUCGCGGCUGAACUCGCUCCGCGGCCGCGCCAAGUGGAUCAGCGCCGGCGUCUGGCUGCUGGUGGUGGGCGCCAGCAUCCCGCCUUACCUGGUGAUCCCAAAGUCCGACAACGAGACCGGCGCCUGCCCGCUGUGCUUCGACAAGAAGCCCAGCUACGUCACCAACCCGGCCACGGUGGCGGCCACCCUGCUGGUGGGCUACGGCAUCCCGCUGGCCACCAUCUUGGUCUGCUCGCUGUCCCUGCUGCGGGCGGUGAGGCGCAGCUCCGCCACCCGCAUGGACUACGUCGACUGGCGCAAGAUCCGCAACAUGGUGGCGGCCAACGUGGUCAUCUUCGUCGUCUGCUUCCUGCCGUACCACACGGUGCUGCUGCUGUACGUCACGGUGCGCACCCCGGAGCGGGAGCUGACGCUGCGCGCCUCCUACCGCGCCACCAUCGCCGUGGCGUGCCUCAACGCCAUCUUCGACCCGCUGGCCUACUACUUCGCCACGGAGACCUUCCAGAAGAGCGUCGGCGUGAAGGCCUUGAAGAACGCGCUGACGUCCAACACGGACAGCGCCGAGGGCAACAACCGCUCGCUGUCCCCACAACGGGCGAAGCUGGGGCACAGCGCCCGGACGAUAAUGACUUGAGAGAUAAGAGACAUCGUGU